AUGGACUGAAUAUGCUCGCAGUGUGCCGGGGAAACACCUGCCUUCUUUUGGACGCCACAAAACGACGAGCUGAAUUAGGAGGAAACGCCCAGUAGCAAGAUGACGGAGGGGAGACUAUGCCAGGUGCAUCUCCUUGACAACCGGAAACUGGAGCUGCUGGUUCAGCCCAAACUGUUGGCCCGAGAACUCCUGGAUUUGGUGUCGUCCCACUUCAACCUCAAAGAGAAGCAAUACUUUGGCCUCACUUUUAUUGAUGACACGGGCCAGUGCAAAUGGCUGCAGAUGGAUCGCAGGGUUCUGGAACAUGACUUCUCCAAGAAGUCCGGACCCAUCCCACUGAACUUCCUGGUCAGGUUUUACAUCGAGAGCAUCUCACUCCUGAAGGACACCACGACGGUGGAGUUGUUCUUCCUCAACGCAAAAACUGCCAUUUACAACGGAGAUAUUGAAGUGGAAAGUGAGGUGGUCUUCAAACUGGCAGCACACGCCUUACAGGAGGCCAAAGGAGACUACAGCAGUGAUGAGACCACCAGGACGGAGCUGAAGAAACUUCCCACCCUCCCCACCAAAGUACUGAAGGAGCACCCGUCACUCGCCUACUGUGAGGAGCGGGUGAUCGAGCACUACAAGCUGCUGCAGGGGCUGACCAGAGGCCAGGCCAUCGUCCAGUACUUGGCUUUAGUGGAGUCGCUGCCCACCUAUGGCGUUCAUUAUUAUGAAGUUAAGGACAAGCAGGGGCUGCCGUGGUGGCUGGGGAUCAGCUAUAAAGGCAUCGGCCAAUACGACCUCCAGGACAAGGUCAAGCCACGCAAGCUGUUCCAGUGGAAGCAACUGGAGAACCUUUACUUCCGUGAGAAGAAGUUUGCAGUGGAGGUCAACGACCCUCACAGGACCGUGACCAAGCGCACCUUUGGGCAUACGGGCCUGGUUAUCCACACCUGGUAUGCCAGCCACUCGCUGAUCAAGACCAUCUGGGUCAUGGCCAUCAGUCAGCACCAGUUCUACCUGGAGAGGAAGCAGAGCAAGGCCAAAAUGAGUGCGGCGAGAAGUUUAAACGACGUCGCUGUGGACCUUACUGAGAAUGGGGCGUCGAAAAUAAACAAAGGUCAUCUGGGGAUAAAAAACCAGCUCAUCAUGGCCAGUAAUGGGAGCCUUGGCUCAACAGGUUCUGCCGACUCUGAAAUGAACGACGACCAGAAAAAAGAGAAGAUCUCAGAGCUGAAGAAGAAGGAGAAAGAUAUCCAGGACGUCUUGGCCCAGAAGAUGAAGGAGCUGAAGAACAUCUGCCUACGAGAGGCGGAGCUGACGGGCAGGCUGCCCAAGGAGUACCCGCUGUCCACCGGAGAGAAGCCUCCGCACGUCAGGCGGAGGGUGGGGACGGCCUUCAAGCUGGACGAUCUCUUCCCAUACAACGAGGACCCUUACCUGAGGAACCUGGAGAGCCGCUUCGCGCUGCAGCGGAAGAUCGUGGAGGCGGCGAGGAAGCUGGCGGCGGAGCUGGACCUGAACAAGACGGUGAGGAAGAAGAGGAGGAGGAACUGCCUGGACGCCAUGCAGAAGCUGCAGGAGAUCGAGGACGAGAUGAACCAGUACCGCGUCAAGCAGGGCCAGAAGCCCACGCAGAGGGCCUCCCUCAUCAUCGCAGAUGAGCUGGUGCCAUCUGAGUGCAGCUCCUUGUCUGACAGCCUGACGCUUGAUGACGACGAGUGUGACGGCGUCCAGAGGCCGAGGUCUCGCUCCGUUCAGUGUUCCCCGUACCAGAGCCCGCCCCCCUCCGCUGGCCUGGACUACGACCUGGAGAGGAGAGCCUCGACCAGCGAUCCGCACCACGACCGCGCCCUCAGCAGAUUGGCCUAUGAGUUGCAGGAGGCGGGACAUUACUACGGGCAGAGGGACGUGUCGUCCACUCACAGCAGUCCAUACAAGACGGUUCCCCGACAUCCGCGCGACGCACGCAGCAUCCCCCUCACCCCCGCCAUGACCCGCAACGCCUACAGCAGCAGCCAGCUCCGGUCGGAGGGGGUGGUGCAGUGUUUCCGGCACCGCAGCGGCAGUUUGGAGUCGCAGUCUCACCUGCUGCGGGAGAACGGCUCGGAGAAGGCCACCUUCACGCUGUCGCCCGUCGCACGUCGCAGCAACAGCUCCGAGGCCAUGGACGACUGCUCGUCCUACACCAGCCUGUCCAGCGCCGACUACGCGCAGUACCGCACCGUGGACCACCGCAUCUACGACUACCGGCGCCACCGCAAGGUGGAGGUGUACGGCAACACGGGCAGCAUGCCCAACCUGGUGCACAACCCCUCGGGCCUUGGCCACGCCUACCCGGCGCCCGCGCAUCACUACGGUGGCCCGCUGGCCUACUACGUGGCCGGCUACCCGAGCCCCCCCGACGACUACGAGCCGACGUACUCCAACGGCGGCUACGUCUUCGAGAACGAGCUGGAGGGCCACUACAACGUCAACCCCUCCUACGCCCACGCCAGCUACGCCGCGCACGGCCACUACCACCAGUACGGCGCCGACGGGCCCGCCAGCCUGGCCCAGAACCCCUACGCCACCAUGCGGCCCCCCCGCAGCCGGCAGGGCCCCCCCCGGCCCCCCGAGCUGCUGGCCAAGAGCAUGCAGAAGGCGCUGGUUGUGGAGCACCUGCGGGGCUGGUACCACCGCAGUGCCGUGCACAUGCACCGCGACCCCACGCGAGGCCUGGCCGGAGCCUACGACUACGAGAGGGGCUCGCAGCACAGCCUGGGCUACCAGACGCUCCCCGCCGCCUCCUUCAGCCACUCCAGCCGCACCGCCUCCUUCUCCUCAGUGUCGUCUGCGGCCAGUGGGGGGGGUACCUGGCGCAGUCAGCUUGCCGUGGGCCUGACGGACAGCGAGCUGCUAGACACACCCCUGACCACACAGCCCUCCUACGGCGCCACCUACAGGAGUCCCACACACAGCAGGUAUGCUGCGGAGGCCAGGCGGGCGGAGUCUGUGACUCUCACGUGUGACACUGUGGAGGUGGGAGGGGCCACAGCCAGGGGCGCCGAAGAGGAGCAUUCAUAGAAAGCACAAAGAUCCCAAGUGGAUUACACAUCAGCUGCUGCUCUGAGGACUCACAGGACCAAACACCUCACUGGACCGCACAGGAUACCAAGAGAAACAGGAUCCCAAAUACACACACACACACUCACACACACACACACACA